AUGGCUCCCUCCGCAAGCAUUGAUACCACUGCUGCCGCUGCUGCUGCGGCACAGGCUGCGGCGACCCUCAAGGCCCUGCCUCACCCCAAGGACCUGUCGCACCUCUACUCGCGGGUCACCAAGAACCGGGUACAGAGCAAUAUCAAGGCUUUUUACAGGUUCAUCCAGACUCCUGGUAUCAGCAACUUUGCUGGAGGAAUGCCCAAUGUUAAAUACUUUCCUUAUGACACACUAGAAGCCGACGUAGCGACCCCUGAAAGAUGGCAACCCUCGCCAAACACUCCCCCCGAGUCCAACGUUUCAAAGAACAGAAACGCUCCUCAGGACCCCGACUAUAACGAAACCACAGCACACAUUACUAUUCCCAAAAUCCUCAACGAGCCAGACCGCACCAAGAAGAUCGAUCUCGCGACUGCUCUCCAAUAUGGCGUCGCUGCUGGCUACCCACCUCUGUUGUCCUUUGUCAAGCAAUUCACCAACGAAGUGCUGCAUCCCAGCGUCCCUUAUCAUGGCGGCGCGGACGUGAUCCUCAACAACGGUGGCACGGACGGUUUCUCCAAGGUGCUCCAGCUCCUGGUUGACCCCUGGUAUGAGGGAGUUCACCCUGUGACUGAGCGGCCAGGCAUGCUGUGCGAGACUUUCGUUUUUGGAAACGUUCUUACACAGUCUCGGCCUCUGGGAGUUCAGGUUGUGCCUGUCGAGCUUGAUCGUGAGGGUAUGCUGGUCGAGGGACCAGGAGGUCUGCGGGAUGUGCUUGAUAACUGGGAUCCUCAAAAUGGCCGACGACCACACUUCCUUUAUACAGUGACUAUGGGACACAACCCCACAAGCGGUGUCUUGGGAAUCAAGAGGAGAAAGGAGAUCUACGCCCUCGCCAGCAAAUACGACAUCAUCAUCGUUGAAGAUGACCCAUACUGGUACCUUCAAUUCCCUUCAGCUGCCGUUCACGAGGCUAGACUCAGGGGCCACGAGACACCUCGACACAUCGAGACACACACGCCGGCAAAGACAUCUGGCUACGAGUUUAUUGACUCGCUCGUGCCCUCGUACUUGAGCAUCGAUGUCGACGGUCGUGUCAUCCGCCUCGAUACCUUUUCCAAGACAGUUGCCCCUGGUUGUCGAUUGGGCUAUGUUACUGCUCAGCCUGCUAUCAUUGAGAGAAUUACUCGAAUCACAGAGGCUAGCACCAGCCAACCCUCAGGCUUUGUCCAAGCCUUUAUCGCCCAGGUCCUCCUUGGCCCACACUCCUCUGCCCUGGCAGAGUUCAGCGCCCUCCCCGAGUCCGAAAAGGCCACCUUCAAGGGCUGGAAGCUUGACGGCUGGGUACGCUGGCUCGCCGGUCUCCGUGGCGAAUACGAGCGCCGCAUGACACGCAUGUGUUCAAUUCUCGAGGACCAUGCCUUCCAGUUCAAGCAGUCAACACCUGAGAAGCCAGACUCAGACUGGGACGUCAUCACCAAGACAAAGCUCUUCGAGUUCAACUGGCCUCGCGGAGGCAUGUUUGUCUGGCUACGCAUUCACUUUGAGCAGCACCCCCUCUUCAACGCCCGCGGCACCGACGUCCCCGUCAUUAAUGGAACAGAGCUGGCAAAGGCGUUCCUCAUCCACAGCACCCAAGCACCCAACCUGGUGCUGGGAAGCCCUGGAAGCAUGUUCAGCGCUACCCCUGAGAUUCUGGUCGAGCACGGCUGGAAGUACGUGAGACUGUGCUUUGCUGCUGAGAGCGAUGAGAAUAUCGAUGCUGGCUCGUUGAGAUUCUCCAAGUCGGUUCAGAACUUCUUUAGGAUUACUGAUGUUGCCGAGAUUGAAAAGUUGAUUGCGGAGUUGUAA